AUGAACUUUAAGAGCAUUCACAUUGGAAAGUACAAAAUCCUUGAGAAAAUAGGAUCGGGUGCCUUUGGGGAUAUCUAUGAAGGAGAGUGCCAAGAGACCUACAAGAAAGUGGCAGUAAAAAUAGAAAAGAAAGCGGGGUCUUCGCAGUUAGCGUACGAAAAGAGUAUUUACAAGCUGCUGAAAACAGAGAACAACUACAUCCCAACAAUCUACCAGGCAGGCACUCUGAACAUGGCAGACACAAAAAGAUCUUUCAUAAUAAUGGAUCUACUGGGCCCUUCUCUGGAGUCUCUUUUCAACUACUGCGACAGGACAUUCACCCUGAAAACAGUUCUCAUGCUGGCAGAGAUGCUCAUUACAAGAAUUGAGUAUCUGCACUACAAGCACAUAAUACACAGAGACGUAAAACCCGACAAUUUCCUAUUUGGGAUAUCGAAUGGAGGCAAGAAUGCAACAGAAGUGCCCAUCAAAAACAUCUUCUACGUUCUUGACUUUGGGCUGGCGUGCAUGUACAGAACCCCCAACUACACGCACAAGCCAAUGACAACUAAGAAUAAACUGCUGGGAACAGUAAGAUACGUGUCUCUCAACACGCACAACGGAAUAAACCAAAGCAGGAGAGAUGACUUAGAGUCCCUUGCAUACAUGCUGAUCUAUUUCAUGAAAGGAAAGCUCCCGUGGCAGAGUAUUAAGGCAGUAAGCAAAGAAGCCAGAUACAAGCUGAUAGGCGAAAUAAAAGCAAAGACAUCACCAGACGAACUGUGCAAAGGCUUGGAUCCGUCGUUUAAAGAGUUUUUAGAGUACACGCGGAGGCUGGAGUACGACGAAAUGCCUGACUAUUUGUACAUUAAGAGAAUAUUUAGUAAUGCUCUGGUCCAGAACAAUCUUGUUUAUGAUUUUAAUUUUGAUUGGUACGUGAAGUAUGCAGAGACACAAGAGCCAAUGAAAAGAUGCAUGAAGUAUUCACGCCCCAAUCAGUAA